AUGCAACCGGAACGCAAAUACAGGAGCAUUCUGCCAGGUCCUCCAGCCAACAACCCGAGAUCUCUUGCCGAUGACAAUGGAGAUGCUACUUCCUCAACAAGCGGAGGUGCCGGCGGGCAAGAGGGCUCCAAGAGGAAGCGCCGAGCGACGAGCAAGGCAUGCAACGGCUGUAGAGAGAAGAAGAUAGGGUGCAACGGCCUACAGCCUUGCAGCCAUUGCCAGCGUCGCGGUCUUGCUUGCGAGUACGCCACCAUAUCGAAGACUAUUCUCAACUCCAUCCCAUCGGGGAUGAAGCUGUUGGAUGAGACAACGGCGAAAACUCACAGGUACGCUGCGGAGUUGCUCAGCAUUCUUCGCUCUCUUCCGGAUGACCAAGUACGAGAUGUCCUUCAGCAGUUGCGGGCCGGAAGAGACGCAUCAAACAUCGUCACCACUCUACGAGGUCAACUGCAUUCGGCGUAUGAUCUCCCCUUCCAUGGUCUUCUUCACGGCGUUCUGCCUCCCGAUCAGAAUUCCUUGGAGUUUGAAUUGAUGGUGCGCCAUGCCAUCGCCUACUCACCUUGGGCCCCAACAGAACUCCCGCACCUGUAUUUUGAGGUUCCAGCGAGGCCCAGCCAGAGCAUUUCGAUUGAUUCUCCAUCGGCAGCAGUUUCGCCUAUGUCAACCGACACCCCUUCCCCCAUGCCACCCACAGAUUCGGAAUCCUCCUUGUCCAGCAGCAGGGUCAGGCAUCAAGAAGCACGAGACAGCAGCUCUUCCAAUCUGAGCCUCAGCGUACCAGGCAGUCGUGAAACGGGAUUGGCGGAGCCCUACGCGAUUUGCGACGAAAGACUGCACAAAGUUGACAUCGCGGCGUGGACGAAUGUUCCCAUACCCUCGGGAGCAGCACGAAAAGCCAUCUCUCUGUAUCUCGUGACAGAUCACACCGUCACAGCGCUAUUCGACGUGGACUUGUUUUUCGACAGUCUGAUCUCUGGCAACAACCGUUUUUGCUCCAGGCUUCUCUUCAGUUCUCUUCUCAGCUGGGCUUGUCAACUGUACACCGCAUUCGAGAUGGAGGCAGCCGGAUGGAGUCAUGCAUUCUACGACGAGGCAAUCCAACUUCUAGAGCAGGAACGCUCUUUGGGACUUUUGACGCCGGUCACGGUUGCGGCGUUGCUCUAUCUCAGCAUGUCCUCCAUGUGCCACGCGAAAAGUGGAACGGACUCCACGAAACAUCUCGAAAGCGCGAUUGAACUCGGUAAAAGUAUUGGGCUUUUUGGCAUCGCCGAGAACGAGACGGCGGAAAAGUGGCUAGGCGGUGCUGUCGACGUAUUGUGGGAGAAAGCCAUGGCGCAAACUGCUUGGGGUAGUUUUGUCCACAUCACGAUACAAUGCGCGCAAGAAAAGACGUGCAAAAUCGAGUUUCCGCCGAGAGCACCGAUCCCGGGAGACAACGGCGAAGAAAAGUGGAUGAACGUGUUGGAGCAGCUGAAAUCACCAACUUACACGGGGCGGACGUUCCCGUUCUUGUGCAAGCUGGUUUUGAUAGCCCAUGACAUGAUGUGGAUGAACUACGCCGCCAACCCCAUGGCCAAGACGCCGUAUGCGAUGGUGAAGGCUAUGGAAUCAGUUUACAGUCGUUUCUUAGCAUGGGCGGACGAUCUACCCCUGGAACUAGUACGCAGCGGCGAGAGCGGACAUCAUGUACUCAUCCUGCACACCUACUUUCACGCCUUCGUUCUGGACUUGUUUCGGCCUCUGAUUCAACACGGGGAAGGGAUGCGCAUCAAACUCGAGGCUUUCACCUCCAAGCAGGCCUCGCCUGAAGUUGUUUGUUCCGCUUCGGCAACCCAGCUAAAAAGAAUCGCGACGACCUACCUUCAAACCUGUGCGUCCGCCUCGCACAGCUUCCUUUGGCAUACGGCGCUGUUGUAUGUUGCCAACGCAGCCAUUCGCGAACCGACGCAGGCUCUUGACAUCUCCGAGCGACGAUCUGACUUCCGCACGUGCAUUCUUGGCUAUCAAAAGCUGCAAAGAUGUUUCAGACUCUCGCAAGUGAUAGUUCGUGGGCUACUAUCAAUGGUUCUGCGGGAGGGUUUGAUCACGUCCGCGGAGGCGCGAGCGAUUAUCAGGGAUUCGGAGGAAAAAGGAAAGCAUCAUCCGGAGGCAGAGAUGGUGGCACCAUUCGUUCUUGACCUCGACCUUUGCAUGAUGGAUCGAACGGCGGCGUUGGUCGACAGGUUGGCAGCGGAGUUUGAGGAGAUUGCGAUACUCAACGAAUUCACGAUGGUGACGGCGGCGAGGGAAGAGCCGGAGAUGUCAGGUGAGACGCUUGUUUCCGACGUGGAGGGCUGA